CCUUCAUCAGUCUGUUUCCGCUCUGUUCUAUCUUCUGCAGCCCUCGUCAAUCAGGUUCAGUUAGCUGUUUCGGAGUAAAGGAGGAUGGCUGAUACCCUUUUUCAAGAUAUAUUCACUGUUCAAGAGGUGGACCCUGGUGGCAAAAAGUUUGACAAAGUUAAUCGCAUUGUGGCUAAGAGUGAGCAGUUGGACAUGUACAUGCAUCUUGAUAUUAAUACAGACAUCUACCCAAUGCGCGUGGGUGACAAGUUCUUAAUGGGAUUAGCAUCAACUUUGAACUUGGAUGGAACACCAGAUAGUGGUUAUUUCGUGCAGGGUGGUAGGAAAUCACUUGCAGACAGAUAUGAAUAUGUCAUGCAAGGGAAGCUGUACAAAAUAUCCGAGGAAAAAAAGAAACGUAGAGCGGAGAUAUUGGCUUCCUUUGGUGGACUUCUGAUGAUGUUGAGGGGGGAUCUUUCUGUUGCCUCUAAAUUUGAGCUUGAUCAGAGGUUAUUCAUUCUCAUAAGGAAGGUCUGAAAUCCAGUUGUUAUUGGAAGCUAUGAUUCCAAAUCCGUUUCUCCCUUAAUACCUCAGUAGUCCUUCACUUCCCUUGUAAACUAAGAUGAGGUGCUGCUACUUCAUUCCAAGCAUCCAGAUCUUCAAAACUUAUUCCAAUACGAGUAUGUCAUGGCUGUAUCUAUGUCUUCUGGCUCUUAAUUCAAGAACUCCUGUCCUUUGAGUUAAUGGUACAAGUUUCUUAAUGGUGAACUGUACGUGAACUAUGCAUUCACGUCUUUUUGUUUAUGUUGCCAUUAAUCUAUGUAAUAUAUUCCAUUUUCACUAUUA